AUGACUCUGGGAGAACGAGAUAUCGAAGUCUGUGUGCUCGAAGGCGACGCUGACAUGAUUGCACAAGUCAAGGAAGAGACGGGUGAGCACAGCUGGGUGCACUUCGCUUGCCAUGGCGUCCAGAAGAUCAUCGAGCCUCUGAACAGCGGAUUCCAUCUACACGACGGACUCUUACAGCUUCGGCUUCAUGAUAUCAUGCUCCUGAACCUCGCCAGAGCCGGGCAUGCAUUCUUGUCCGCAUGCCAGACUAGCACCGGAGACGGGCGGCUCAGAGACGAAGUUGUUCAUCUCGCUGCUAGGAUGCUUGCCGUCGGAUAUCGAGGCGUGGUGGCGACUAUGUGGUCGAUGCAAGACCAGUACGGACCCGAAAUUGCGUCCAACUUCUACAGUCAUCUCUUGGACAACGCAGAAUUGACGACAAACGGAGGGCCUAGCGCUCAUCAGCUCAGUGCUAGCGGCGCAGCGCGCGCACUCGACUUCGGCAUGCAGAAGCUCCGAGAGAAGUUGGGUGGUGGGAGAGAGCUCUUUUGGCGUCGUUGCACUAUGUUCACUUUGAAGUUUGAUUUGGAUUUCGCUUUACCUUGGAAACUUCUCAAGGAUAGGCCAAAUGGCGCUAGUAUUACAACAGAGUAG